ACUUCCCCGCAGUUUACUUCAUGAUCAAUUUCGAAAAAAAGGAACUAAGUGACGCGACGUAUGACGAUGAUGAAUUUUCGCUGGUCACGAUCGACGAUGGUGAUUUUGGUUUCUCCUACAUUUUCGAUGCUGGAUUAAGAUGAAAACUAAUUCAUCGAAAAAGGAAAUAUAAUCUUAGCAUGGAAUUUGCGAUUGGAGCAGGUGCAGCGGUAUGUGCUGGUUUCUUUACGAACCCCAUAGACGUCAUAAAAAUCCGCUUGCAACUACAAGGUGAACUCGAAGCACGAGGAAGCUACCAAAAAGUUUACAAAAACACUUUCCAUGCUGCUUAUCAAAUCGCUAGGCAUGAAGGUAUUCUUGCGCUACAGUCGGGUUUGGUACCAGCGUUAGGAUUUCAAAUGGUUCUUAAUGGAAUUAGAUUAGGUGGCUACAAUCUUGCCAAAAAGUACGAGCUGAUUUUAAACGAGGCUGGUCAAGUAAACGUCGCAAUGAGCUUACUUGUUUCUGGUGGUUUUGGAUGUCUUGGUUCUGCAGUUGCCAGUCCUCUUUAUCUGGUAAAAACACAACUGCAAUCGCAAGCGUCAGGCAAAAUAGCCGUAGGCACACAGCAUCAACACAAAGGUACUUGGUCUGCAUUGCACACACUUUGGAAAGAAGGUGGACUUCAAGGACUUUAUCGUGGUUGGCACGUCGGUGUGCCAAGGAUAUCCGUCGGUUCGUCAACUCAGCUAACGACUUACAGUGUCGUUGCCGAUUGGCUCAAGCCUAUGCAGAUAUUUGCUGAUCGACCUAUGCUGUUGACUUUUGUCGCAUCACUAACUGGUGGAACUUGCGUAGCAGUUACGAUGCAACCUUUCGAUGUGGUCGCCACAAGAGUUUAUAAUCAGAGAACCGACGCUCAUGGUAAAGGUGUGCUGUACAGUGGACUUUUUGACGCUUUUUACAAGAUAUUCAAAACCGAGGGUAUUACCGGCUUGUAUAAAGGAGUUUUUCCCACCUGGUUAAGAAUUGCUCCACACACCGUUUUGUGCCUAGUUUUCUAUGAGAAAUUCGAUCAAUAUUACGGGGAAAAUUUUAGGUAAUGAAAAGGAGAAA